UACGCGAACUUCAACACCCACGUGCAUUUGUUGUGGUGCAAUUUACGAGUUGAUAUAGCGGGUAAAAAUGGAGGAAGAGUACAUUGUUGAUAGCCAAUUAGGGCCGGUAAGAAUCACAUACAACAGCAACGGAAUAACGAGGAUCAAGUUCACAAAAGAUGCGGUUGAAAUAUCACCCAAAAGCAAAGCAGUAAAUAAGAAUUUGGAAAUCGCAAUCAAGUGGUUAGAAACAUACUUCGAGAACGCACAUGAAACGAAAUCGAUGGAUUAUCCAUGUCUAGAUAUGGAAGCGCACAGCGGCAAGAAAUUCAUGUGCACAGUUUGGAAGGUCUUGAAAGAUCAGGUUGGACCAGGGGAUACGAUAAGUUAUGGUGAACUAGCAAAGCUUAGUGGUAGUCCCAAUGCAGCAAGAGCGGUAGGCCAGGCCAUGAAGAAUAAUCCUUUCUCAAUCAUUGUACCAUGUCAUCGUGUGAUUAACGCUAGCGGUGAAAUGGGAAAUUACAGCGGUGGUGUGGACAAGAAGCAUUGGCUGUUGAGACACGAAGGGAAAGAUUUUGACCUCAAGGACAAGAAUUGAGAACAUGCUGAUGUCAGAGUUUUUGAGGAAUGUAUGACGUCAGUAUAAAUUACGUUAUGAAGGGUGAAAAGGUGGAAACCAGGGUGAAAAGGUGGAACCUCAAUCAGAUGUUUUGUGUUAACGUUAAGUACAUUCUAACAUUUUACAGUUACGUUUAUAUACAAUAUUUUAUAUUGGGAACUGAAAACGAAGUAGUAAACUUGAUGUUUUAUCAAUUAUAUAUAUAAACCUAAAUAUCUAAACAGCGGGGAUUAGCAAAAUGAUCUUUCGAACGUUUAAACAAUUAAAUGCAAGUCAAGUCGUGUUUCA